AUGUCUGAGCGAGACAAAGAGACACCUCCUGCUACAACCAGCGCUGGGGUCUUCUCCAAUCCCCUCAUGUGUGAUAAUGAAUCAGACUGGUCCAUAAUGCACGAUGCAGCUUUCAACGGACGCAUUCUCAAUAUUCAAAGGCUCAUUUCUCAGGGUCAGAGUGUGAAUCUCAACACUGUAGACUUGGUUUCUCCUCUUCACGCUGCUUGUACACAAGGACAUACAGCAUGUGCUAAACUUCUGCUGGAAAAUGGGGCAAAUAUAAACAGUGCAACAGUGGGCGGGCACACGGCCCUGGCAGAGGCGAGUGCAGGAGGUCAUGAGGCCUGUGUGUCACUGCUGCUGCAGCGCGGAGCCUCUGCCACAGGGAGCAGCCUGUCCAGCUCUCCAAUGCACCGGGCCGCUGAAAAAGGUAACUUGCAGUGCAUAGAGCAGCUAGUCCAGUUUGGUGCUGAUGUGGACCAGUACAUCGACCAAUCAGGUUCUCCUCUCAACGUGGCAUGCCAGCAUCAGCAACCCAGCGCUGUCAGAAAACUGCUACAACUUGGGGCCGAUGUAAACAGUGCAGUGAGCGGAGAGACGGCCCUCCACACAGCAGCGCGCCUGUCCUGCCCACAGACAGUGUCCGCUCUGUUGGAGCACGGGGCAGAUGGCAGCCUCACAGACCUCCAAGGCAAACGACCCCUGGACAUCGCACCUCCCAACAGCCCAGUGGCACAACUGCUGAAACAAGUAGGAGAGGAGUGUUCCCUUAUGAUGCUGUGCCGUGUGACCAUCAGAAGAACUCUGGGCAAAAACAGACUGGCUGAGAUCAAAGACUUGCAUCUCCCAACAGAACUCACGCACUAUCUGCUCCACCAAUCACAGACAAGAACAAAUACAUCACGUUAA